AUGAAGCUAUAUAGAAGCCGGUACUACAGGAGCCUACAACCUCAUGUCCUGCAUUGGAGUAGCGGUACCGAAGGGUGCGGUGCUCUUCCGUUCUCCUACUGGAUAAGUCACCAUUUAAGUCCUUCAGUCCCAGCCGGCCUGCGCUUAGGAGAAAAAAAGACGCGCAAUCGAGCCGCCAGUUAUCUCACUGUAGGAAAUGCGUCACUCCCUCCAUGGCAAUCCGGCAAUCCUUGUUAG